CUGCCUCUGAUGAGGCUGCUGCUCCAGUGUUGCAAGAGGAGCGACGCUCUCUGACAGCUACGGCAGGGAUGAGAUGAAGGCUUCAUGCACACACGAGGACGAAUGAAGAUGAAGAUGAGAAUGUACCAAUGGAUUACCGGUGCCAUCAUCAUCACCAUGGUGACAAGUUUGAUGUUGGUGUACAGCAACAGUUCGAGUGAAAAAUCAUCCCCCCCGCCUUCUACAUCGACUUCUCAUCAUCCAGUCAGUCGUGCAUCAGCUACUAAAAAGCCACAGCCGAAACUCCCAACUCUGGAGGGCUACACAGGAGUCAUGGACCGGAGGAGUCUGAAAAUGCACUGCAGGACUUGUGCACUGGUGACCAGUUCAGGCCACCUGACUGGGAGCAGGAGAGGUGAGGACAUCGACCGCUCCGAAUGUGUCAUCCGCAUGAACGACGCCCCCAGCAGAGGCUAUCAGCAAGACGUUGGCCAGCGGACAAGUCUUCGUAUCAUCGCACACUCCAGCCUGCAGAGAGUGCUGCGGCGCCAACAGGAGCUGUUGAACACCAGCCAAGAUACGGUGUUCAUCUUCUGGGGCCCCAGCAGCAGCAUGAGAAGGGACGGGAAAGGACACGUUUACAACAGCCUCAAGCUGUUGAAGCAGCUACUGCCCACACUGCAAAUCUACAUCAUAUCUCGCUUUAAGAUGCUGGCACUUGAUGAACUGUUCACGAAGGAAACCGGGAUUGAUCGGAGGCAGUCUAACUCCUGGCUCAGCACUGGCUGGUUCACCAUGGCCGUCGCUCUGGAGCUGUGUGACAGAAUCAACGUCUUUGGGAUGGUUCCUCCAGAUUUCUGCAGAUCCCCCCUUCAUCCCUCCGUCCCCUAUCAUUACUACGAGCCGUUCGGACCAGCCGAGUGUUCUAUGUACCUGACACAUGAGAGGAGCCGGCGUGGAAGCCAUCACCGCUUCAUCACUGAGAAGAUAGUCUUUGCAAACUGGGCACAGACCCUCAACAUUCACUUUUACCAGCCGGACUGGAAACCCAGAGCGUUCAGCAUGAACAGAUCCGUGACACACUCUCCCACUGACUGAUGAUACUCAUCAAGAAACAAAGAUCUUCAAGAUUAACUUGGCUUCAGGAACCAUGGAAGAGGAAUGAAUAUGAACCGCUGACAAAGUAAUUUCAAUAACAUUGAAAAUGGCAACAAACAAAAACAUUAUGACUGAAUAGGAGGUGACUGAAGUUUGCUCCUUAUUUCAAAGUCAAAACUGACUGUCUUCUUCCACAUUUAUGAAAGUGAGCAUCGUCUUCUCAACCUGAAAAUAAACAUCAGUGGCCUUGAGCGGCUUGGAUACAUCCACUGUAAGUUAACACCGCAUCUUAACGUC